CGCCAGCCCAGUCAGGCGCCGACAACUGGCUCGUCGUUAUCCCGUGGAACAGCAAGAUCGACGACCCCGCAUACAACCCCCCAUAGCCUCGCAACAGCUCGACCACUGUACGUUCGGAACCAGACCAUGGAUGCUCUCAAAAGAGGAAGACUGUUUGGAGCGAGCAAAUCACCUGCACCAGUACCUUCCACAACUACAGGAGUGAGAGCUCCGAGCACGACCAGAUCACAAAGCCGUGGAACAAGAACAGCGGCUGCUAUAGGAACUCCAUGCGGAAGAACAACAGGAGUUCCCGAAGCACGGCAAGCCGCAUCAGCAACACGAGCUGCAAGAAGUUCGUCAGCAGAAAGACCAGCAGCUAAUACGAAUAUACUCCAUGGACCAUCUGGAUUGGCAAUCAUCUCGGUACCGGACACUGCGGUACUUCACGGACCAUCCGGUGCAUCAAUAAUUUCAACGGCUACAGCCACACCGCAACAUGCCGCCGCUUCAACUCCUCAACUGCAAGCUACAGAAGCACAUCCAGAACAGCAAGCGAUACCUAGAUCAGCAAAUACUGAGGUGUCAUCUGGUCCCACAACUGUAGCGACUCCUAACACCGCUGUACAACACGGACCCUCCCGCACUGGAAUUAUUUCGACAAGCGCAACCACUACAUCUGAAGUUGCAAUGAAAGUUGUGGAGACGCGCGUCACAGAGAUGCAGGAACGAGAAACGGCGAUUAGACCAGCCAACACUGACGUGCUCCAUGGACCAACAGGUCCCACAGUAUUAGCAACACCCAACACUGCAGUACUACACGAGUCAUCUGGUACAGCAACUAUUUCGACGGCGGGUGUAGCAGCCAUGUCGACGGUGGCAGCAACACCAAGUAGUGAACACGUAAGCACUGCCGUUCCCAUUGGAUCGCCCUGCGGACGAGUCACGCGUCACAUACCGCAAGGUCCAUCAGCAAUUCCUACUGACUUGCUCAUGAUCCACAAGAUUCAAGAC